UUGGAUUCGCUAGUUCGAACCAUGUCCACUUGAGGAUGAAAAUGUUCGUUUUUUUUGUCCUACUCUGUACAAGUGAAGAUAAAAUAUAGCUUCCCCCACCCCUCGAUAGAGACUGCUACCCUUACGAGAGAUUGUACCUCACCCCCCUCCAGUCCAUAUAACCUUUCUACAGGUCUGAUAUAAACGACUGGUCAACAAACAGAUGUAUAUAAUCAAUGUUAGUGUUUAAAUUUAUUAUUAUUAUUAUUAACAAUUUUUUUUGUCUCAAGCAUUUUUCUUUUUACAGAACUUGUAGUGAUUUUGUUUUUCAAAAUGUCUUCUUACAGACCACCUACGAUGCGGCGUCGGGUAUUGGCGGAAAUCACUACGGGUCUGUGUCGUAUUCCGGAAACGUGACGCCACCGUCGACAAUGGUGGACAUCGGAGUUCUCUCCACCUCGUUCUCGCUUCCACUCCACGAAUUCCAGUCCGACGUCACGUACACGAACGAGGAAAUGACGUCAGAACCUUUCGCUUCCGGUUACGACAGCAGCCAGUCUAGCCUGGCGGGUUACCAGGGCACGACGGAGCAGACACAGCCAGCGGCGGUCUAUUCGGACGCCGCGUACAAUUUUGAAGGGAACUUUACCCCCCUCCAGCAGAGGGAGGCGACGAAACAAUCGGCCUACAACAUGUACGACCACCACACGAACUUGCCGCACGAAAAGUUCGGCGGCGCCACCUCGGUGCCGCCGUAUGAGGAAGCAUAUCAGAGUCUGACCGGAAAUGACGCCGAGUUUUAUCAGUCGCGAUUCUUGGAGAGUCAAAAGACAUUCAUGAAACAGUCGUACAGCGACAACCAGGACUUGUUCCCUCAGGGUCACGUGGGAUUCUCCGACCUUGAGCACAAACAGGCGCUGUACCACGCCGGCUACGACUCCGUCAGCCAGUACGGCGCUGAGACGCACGCCUACCCCGCCUUUCCAACGCCGUUUUACGGGAGUCAGAACGUAUCGUGUGCUAACACAAACUUUACGUUUUCAAACCGACCUGUGCCUACGUCUUAUAGAGGCGAUAUUAGUAUUGAAAUGAGCGGGCAGCAUCUACAACGGAGGCCAUCUUUAACGAUCCCUACUCCACCGACGACUGACAGCCUUGAACUCCAGAAGUAUCAGUUACAGUCGCCGACGACCCCGCCCACGCCCGGCUCCUCGCGCUCGUCACCCCCACGUGACCAGCCCAUGAAGGAGAAUCUUCUGUGCGCAGUGUGCGGAGACAAUGCAGCGUGCCAGCACUACGGGGUCCGCACGUGCGAGGGCUGCAAGGGCUUUUUCAAGCGCACGGUACAGAAGAACGCCAAAUACGUCUGUUUGGCGGACAAGAAUUGCCCCGUAGACAAACGAAGGCGAAAUCGUUGUCAGUUUUGCCGGUUCCAGAAAUGCCUCGUUGUGGGAAUGGUCAAAGAAGUUGUGCGAACAGACAGCUUAAAGGGGCGCAGGGGAAGACUUCCAUCGAAACCGAAAUCUCCGCAAGAGUCGCCACCGUCGCCGCCCGUCAGCCUUAUUACAUCACUGGUGCGCGCGCACGUCGACACGAGCCCGGACAUUCCAAAUCUAGACUACAGCAAGUUUAAGGUUCCAUCGAAGGACGAGAGCCAGAGUUGCGGGGAUGAGCGCAUCAGCCUGUUCUAUGAGCUCCUAGUGCAGUCUUUUGACGUAUUAAAGGGAUGGGCGGAAAAGAUUCCCGGGUUUUCCGAGUUGUGCAAAGAGGAUCAGGACCUCCUGUUUCACUCUGCCAGCCUGGAGCUCUUCGUACUAAGGGCAGCCUACAGAGUCCAACCAGACGAACACAAGAUAGCGUUCGACAAUGGACUGGUACUCCAUCGACUUCAGUGUGUGCAGAUGUUUGGCGACUGGAUCAACUCCAUCAUAGAGUUCGGACUGAGUCUACACCGGAUGACGCUUGACAUCUCCUCACUGGCCUGCAUGGCGGCUCUCACCAUGGUGACACUACGUCAUGGAUUGAAAGAGCCCCAGAAGAUGGAAGACCUUCAGAUGAAGCUCAUUGACUGUUUACGCGAUCACUGCACAUACAACAGCGAGGCGCAGAAGAAAACAAACUUUUUCUCAAUCAUUCUUGGAAAAAUCGCAGAACUUCGCUCUCUCAGCCAGGAGGGCAUACAACGCCUGCUCUUUUUCAAACUGAAGUGUGUCACAGCGCCCCCGCUAAUCGAAAAUCUCUAUCUCUCCAACCUACUUCCAUUCUGAUGAUGAUGAUUUAUUAUUAUUAUUGCUGAUGAUGAUGAUGACGAUGAUAAUGUUCUCAGUUGUCUCAUGAAAGUGUCUCACCCAAAUCUGCCUCGUUUUCAUUCUAGUCUGUGACGUCAUUUGAAACAGUAAAUUUUGUUUUUGGUAGUGUGCGUUUUUAAGUUAUAGCUUUGAUUGUAUCUUAAGACUUUUUUUUUUUUGCUGUUGGGUUAUUAUAUACUUUGUUUUUGCUACAUACUGUUGUUACAUGUGUGGGUUGUUAAAAAAAAAGAUAACAAAAACAAAAGACUACCUCUUCUCAACAGUGGUCUUGUUACAAAGGUCAAGGCCACAAAGCUGAUACUUGCCACCAAGUUUGUAUAGAUAUAGCCAAAAGUAACACAUGCUCACAAACAUAAUAUUAUACAUGUGCAUGUACAUGUACAUUAAAGGCAGUUUAUAAUCUAUGUUUCUGAUCUAGUGCUAUCUUUAUUUAAUCUUAGUAUCAGCAAUUUUAUAUAUGAAAAACAAUAUUGAAAUAAAUACACAAACAUGUUUUAGGUGUGUGAGAUUUUGGAAACUUAGAAUUUAGGAAUUAAAUUUUCCCCCAGAUUGUUCUUCCAACAUCAUAUUUUUGUUUCACUUUUUUUUCAAGGGAAGUUAAAGGAAGGGAAGUGAAGGGUGGAGGAAGGGAAGGGCUCAUCAUGUUCAAUAAGUUAGAGCUUUAAAAAAUUAUUAUUAUUAUUAUUAUUAUUAUUAUUGUUAUUAUUGUCUCAUUUUCUUCAGUUAGAAAAUCAUAAAUUGUGAUGCCGUAAAUUUCCCCUGAUAUUAAUAAGCACAUUAUUUUAAUAGAAAACAUCAUUGAAUUAUCGCCCGUGGUGAGGGCGCUCAUGUACUUAAUGUAAGAAAAAGGAGUAAUAGAUAUUGCUUUACAUCAGUCUGCCAUUUUGGGAGCAAAUAUUCAUACUUUUCUUUUCUUUUUUCUUAUUUGUUUAAACAAACAACAAAACAUACAUAUAAACAUCCACACUUAAUAGAGAUUGUCUGACAUAUACAUGUGUAUAAAUUCAU